AGUGCUCGGCUCUGCACACACCAGGCAGCAGCUCCCAGGAGAUCAGCCCAGCGCCGCAAUGCCGGAGCCCAGGGAGAGAAAAUCCAAGAUCACAGCCUCGCGCAAGCUCCUGUUGAAGAGCUUGAUGCUGGCAAAGGCCAAGGAGGAGUGGGAGCAGGAGAUCGUGGACAAACAGUCGGAGAAGGAGAGAUACCUGUCUGAGCGCAUCACCCCCCUGCACACCAGCGGGCUCUCCUUGAGCCAACUCCAGGAUCUGUGCCGGGAGCUGCAUGAGAAGGUUGAGAUUGUGGACGAAGAGAGAUAUGACAUCGAAGCAAAGUGCAACCAUAACACCAGGGAGAUUAAAGACCUGAAGCUCAAAGUGCUCGACCUGAGAGGGAAGUUCAAGAGGCCCCCGCUGCGGAGGGUCCGCGUCUCCGCCGACGCCAUGCUGAGGGCUCUGCUGGGCUCCAAGCACAAGGUGUCCAUGGACCUGAGAGCCAACCUGAAGUCUGUCAAGAAGGAGGACACGGAGAAGGAGCGCCCCGUGGAGGUGGGUGAUUGGCGCAAGAACGUGGAGGCCAUGUCGGGGAUGGAGGGGCGGAAGAAGAUGUUCGACGCCGCCAAGUCCCCCACGGGACAGUGAGAGGAGCACCAGGACAGAAGAACAUCCCCAACCCUUCUGGCUGCCCCCUGACCCCCUGCCUUGCUGCCCCUCUGCCCUCUUUGCACCAUUGCCCUGAACUCCCCACUGAGAUGAACCACGUGGACAACCACCUGGGAAGGAGAUCUGAGCUUCUUCCUUUCAGCUCUGCCUCUCUCCCCACUUUCAGUCUCACCCACACAAGAUGUGCUCUUGGAGAGGCCACCAUCCACCAUCCCCUCCCAGCUCUGCAGAGAGGGGACAGCCCUGCUCCCCGCGCUCCCAAACCUCCAGCGCAGCCCAAGAUGUGCCCAUGCAGCUGCAUGUAUAUUAAAGGAUGGUCUCUGGGGCCGAACACUG